CCCAGUCUCACACUCAACCGAACCACCCCCUGGAAAGAAAAACCGGAUAAGUUCACCCACUCACACAUUUCUAAGCCAACAUCGCCAACGACAAAAAGUAAACCGACGUGAUGACAAGAUAAACUAUUUCACGACAUGUCCGACUCUUCCUGCCCGGAUUGCAAGCGACCAACCGAGGUUGUGUUCGACCACUCAGCCGGCGACACAGUGUGCUCCGAGUGUGGUCUGGUUCUAGAGUCUCAUUCCAUCGACGAGACCUCCGAGUGGCGAAUCUUCGCCAAUGAGUCAGCCGACAACGACCCAGUCCGUGUUGGUGGUCCAUCGAAUCCACUCCUGGUCAACGCCGGCCUCUCCACUGUCAUUUCAAACCCUAAUGGCUCCUCUUCUGACUUCUUUACUUCCUCUCUGGGACGAUGGCAAAACCGUGGGGCCAACCCCGACCGUUCCCUUAUCCAGUCCUUUAAGACGAUUGCCACCAUGUCUGAUAGGUUGGGCCUCGUUGCAACCAUAAAGGAUCGGGCAAACGAAAUAUACAAGAAAGUGGAAGAUCAAAAGCCACUUAGAGGGAGAAACCAGGAUGCCAUUUUGGCUGCUUGUCUCUACAUUGCUUGUAGACAAGAAGACAAACCUCGUACUGUCAAAGAGAUAUGCUCGGUCGUCAACGGCGCCUCGAAGAAGGAAAUCGGCCGUGCGAAAGAGUACAUCGUGAAGCAAUUGGAGGUGGAGAUGGGCCAGUCCAUGGAAAUGGGCACAAUACAUGGCGGCGACUUUCUCAGACGAUUCUGCUCGCAUCUUGGAAUGAGUAAUCAAACAGUCAAGGCUGCUCAAGAGGCUGUGCAUAAAUCUGAAGAGCUGGAUAUCAGGAGAAGCCCGAUAUCGAUUGCAGCAGCUGUUAUUUACAUGAUAACCCAGCUCUCGGACGAUAAGAAGCUUCUCAAAGAUAUAUCAGUAGCAACAGGAGUGGCAGAAGGGACAAUAAGAAAUUCCUACAAAGACCUUCAUCCGCAUGCUUCUAAGCUUGUUCCAACCUGGUUUGCCAGAGCUGAAGACCUCAAGAUUCUUUGCAGUCCUUAAAAUCACAACACUGUUAACUGCUUCCGUUGAUCUGGUUUUACCUCUAACUUG